CAAACGAGAAAUAACAAGGUUUCGACGUUUACAACCACGAAAUUGGUUUAAAUUCGAUAAAAUGGAGACUGAAGAAAUGGACGAAUCACUUCUUCAUACUGCACUGAAGAUAGACGACACCGAUGAUGACAAUUUUGAUCUUGAUAUUCCACCGACAACCGGGAAUGAGUAUUUGAGACGUGUUCGACAAGAAGCUAAAGAAUGUCCUGAUGUGAUGGUAGCUAAUUUAGAUACAACUGUUUUUCACAGUAAACAAACAAUUAAAGUCUCACAGCCAGUUAUUUGUUGUCCUGCACCAAGAGGUUUAGCACCAAGUUUAUCAUGGCAGAAACAUCAGAUAGCAACAUUCUCUACAUUAAGACAGAGAUUCAUUCAACAUCAAGCUUUCUUAAAAAAGAAUAAAAUAAAACCCGCUAAAGUGCCUAAUUCUAAUGAUGCCGAGAGUUGGUGUAGAUUGUGUUUUGGUCGUUUGACAGUUAAACCAAGACAAGAAGCAGAACCAAUGAUACAGAACGGUGACGUACAGCCAAAACCCGCUCCAUCUCCUCUACAAAUAAAUGGUUCCCCUCCCCUUGUUAGUAUUAUAUCAGCCAUGGCACAGCCAGCUAUAGUAAAAGUAUUACAGUAUCAUGUUAAUUGGUUAGAGGCUACAGGGUUUACAUCACAUCAGGGUCGAUGGUUAUAUGCAUUAAUGACAGCCUUACAGAAACCAUUAAUACCAGAAGCUUGUAGUUUAUUACGUACUCUAGCCAGACUGUGUUCACAAAUCAGAGCUACUUUAACCCAGGAUGAAGCUGGUGAGAAUCAACUAACAGAGUUAAAUUUAAUGAUUUGUCUAGUUGCUAGAUAUUUUGAUCAAGGUGAUUUGAUAGAAGAUGGUAAUACUUGAAGAUUGAACAUGAUUCACCCAGAAUAUAAACAUUAAAAUGACUACCAUGGAAUAUAAAUAUUAAAUUAAGGAUGGACAGACAGUGACUACCCUGGAAUAUUAAAUUGGAGAUGGACAGGUAGUGACUACCACGGAAUAUAAAUAUUAAAAUGAAGAUGGACAGAAAGUGACUACCAUGGAAUAUAAAUAUUAAAUUGAAGAUGGACAGGAAGUGACUACAAUGGAAUAUAAAUAUUAAAUUGAAUAUGGACAGCUAGUGACUACAAUGAAAUAUGAAUAUUAAACUGAAUUACACUUGUGUGUAACUGGUGAUAUAUGAAGGGUGUUGUGUUUUUCAGUCAUUUAAAUAUCAGUGAUGUGUCAACUUGUAGAAUGAAUGUUAUACGGUACGAAAGACUGUUGAGACAAAAUAGAUACCAAAAAUAAAAAAUAUUUAUGAAGAGCUCUGGGGAAGAACGAUCUUAGUCACUUUUUCAACAAACCCCAGUUGGUAGCAAAUUGUAUAAGCUUUUUGUGGAACAAUCAGUGUCAGUUAAAAACGAUCGGAGUCACAUCGAACCAAGGCCCUUCUGAAAUGACCCCCCCCCCCCCCGGGUUUGCCUGAAAAGUGGAAGUCAGUUGUUGUACUGGUAAUUAUGAUCCGUAGUAAAAAUCAUUUUGAAGUUGCAAUUAAACCCACUCGUUGUUCUGUUCAUGUCAAGCUUUCUCGUCCAAAAGUCUGUUUUGCCUUUUAUGCGAAAAGACAAAAAUGUGACUUAGAUCGUUCUUCCCCUGGACUCUUCAUAUAUAAUUCUGAAUAAGUCUUGUUUUCAU